AUGCGCUCUGGUCUGCAGCGCCAUUUGAAGCAUGAAUGUGGAGUCGUUCCUUCCUUUGGGUGUGCUCACUGUGACCACCACACCUCUCAGAAAAGUAACUUGAUCAAGCACUUGGCUCGCUCUCACAAUAUACCCAAAAAACUAGUAUCAGUUGUCUGUCCCAAGUGUAACAAAUCUUACAAGAACGAGUGCACCUUGCGUAGACAUCAGGAUGUAGAGUGUGGUCAGAAUCCAAUGUUUAAUUGCAAGCUCUGUCAUUAUAGUACCAAGCGGAAGUACAGUUUAAAGAUGCAUAUUAAUAGAAAGCACAAUGUUGCAUGA